AUGAGUUUCUCGGUUACAUUCACUGAGCUGGUGAACAUCGCCAUCCCUCAGGGCGGGGUGGUGAACUUCCAGGCCCUGCACCUGCUGCUGCAUGGCAUCCUGGAACAUAUCCACAUGGCCGAGCUGAGGAAGGUCCUCUCAGGGGACGAGGACUUCCUCCAGACCUCACAGGUCAUGCUCAUGCCCAGGGAAGGGGAUGCCCAGCCCAUCCUGAACCCCAUGAAGAGGCUCAACAACGUCUUUGACCACGUGGUGAACCGAAUCGACAAGCUAGAGAGUGAGAUGGCCAUGCUGCAGGGGCUGCCCUCCACCUCCCAGCUGCUGGAGGCCAGCCAGGGGACCAGCAAGCCCGCCCAGGACAUGUGGCAGUUCAUUAAGCUGAGGAAGAUGUUGGAGGGCAAUGAAGAAGCCACGGCCAAGAACAUGCAAACCCUGCAAGACCUGCUCAGUGACCUUUACUCAAUCAAGACCACCACUGAAAGCCUCAAGAAGGAUAUAGACAAGCUGAGGAACCAGUUUGACAAGAUUAACAUGGAAAGGUUUGAUACCUUCUUCGAUGAUUUCAGAAGACAGAACCGCAAGAUGACUGCUCUGCAACGGGAACUGACCGGUGUCCAGAACAGGAUAAGCAGCUUCCCCCACGUGGAAGAGCUCGUGCUGUGGAGCAGCCUGCACGAGGCCAUGUUCCCCUCGCCCCUGCAUCAGGUGCAGGGCCCAUUGUGGCAGACCAUCCAGCCGUUCCCAGAGGCCGUCACGCUGCAGACAGCCGAGUCCGUCCAGGCUGUUGAUCACAUCCAGGCCACAGAGCCCAUCCGGGGCACAGAGCUCCUGCAGACCGUGUGGCAUUAUGAGACCCCAGAGAUCCUCCCUGUUGAGAAGCCGGCACAAGCCGUUCUGCUCCCUGGGGCCCAGGAGCCAGGCCAGCCACCUGCUCCUGAGCCCAUGUCAGCAGCGCAGCCUGGGCCCGGACCUGAGGCAGGGACAGAGCCCAUGCCUGCACUGGGGCCUAUGCCGGGGCCCAGCCAGACUUCUGUGGGACCUGAGUCUGCCCAGAGGCCCCAGCCCAUUCCACCCGGAGGCUGGCCUGUGCCCCCCAGAGGCUGGUCUACCACCCCUGGAGGCUGGCCCAUACCCCCCGGAGGCUGGCCCGUGCCCCCCGGAGGCUGGCCUGCUCCCAGAGGCUGGCCUGGGGCAAGCACUUGGCCUUUCUGGGCCUCAGACUUCUUUGACCCUGGCCCAGGCUUGUCAGUGCCCCAGCAGCCUGCCCAGCCCCAGCAACCACCCUCCAGGGCCCCGCCACCAGCCACGGAGCUGGGCGCGUCCUGGCCUCGCCCACUCCAGCCUCACAAGUCCCACCCACCGGAGGGCAGCCAGCUCCAGACUGUGGUGGAAAAGGGGGAAGAACUGUAUGCCUAUGAUGCAGUGGCCCCAGUGGACAGGAGCGCCAAGGAGAAGGCCCCGAAGGAAGCACACCUGAAGGCUCCCGGGUCUGCCCUUCAUCGGAUGAAGACCACUGCUACCAUGGCUGCCGCGGCUGCCGCCGCCUACGCGGCCGCCGCCAACACAGCGGCCCAUGCGGCAGAGGCUGCCGCCAGGGCAGUCAAAGAUGCCCCUGCCACCAAAAUGGCCACGCUUGCCACAACCGUGGCCUCUGCUGGGCCCUUAGGGGUGCUGGCAGAAGACGUGGGUGCCGGGACCAGCCGCGGUGCCACCAGCCACGUGGCCUUCGGUGACGACAUAGGUGCAGAGGACUACGACUACUCUCCCUCGCAGUCGGUGGUCAGCGUCUUCCCUGAGGCCUUGCCGGCCAUGACCUUGCAGGCUUCCCAGCAGGCUGUGAGCCCAGAGGACAAGAAGGAGGCAGUUAAGCAUUCCAUGAGUUACAUACCCUCGCUGCCGGCUAGACACGACUCCAUGAAGGAGGAGUUGGCGCAGCUGUCCUCCAAGGUACAGCAGCGGCUGAUGUACCUAGUUAACAAGGGUGCCUCCUCCAAGCUCGGGGCCACCGUGGACAUGCUGCAGGAGAAGGUCGGCAGGCUCCAGAAGUCCAGGAUGAAGGAGGAGGAGCUUGAGCGCUUCUGGGGCGGCCAGAUCCAGAUGGUGAAGGAUCACUACGUCGUGCUGGACAGGACGGUGGAGCGGCUGAAGAUUCACCUGGAUGAGUCCAAGACUCUCCAGGCUCAAAUUAAAAAACUGGAAAUGAACAAGGUGGAUAAAAGCGUGAUGGAGCAGGAGUUGAAAGAGAAAGCCGACAAGGGCGCCCUGGCAAGCAAGGCAGCCCGGGUUGACCUGGAAAUGGUGGCAAUGGAGAUGAACGAGAUGGUACAUAACAUGCUGCUCAAGUUCUCAACCUACGAGGAUGACUGGAAGAAGUCCGUGGAGGAGUUGAACAAGGCCAUGGCCACCAAGCUGGUCCACAGCGACCUGGACACUCUGAAGAAAGAAGUGGAAGGGGUCUGGAAAGCCGUCAGGAAGCUGCUGAUCGAGGGUCUGCGAUUCGACCCGGACAGUGCUGCUGGUUUCAGGAAGAAGCUGUUUGAGCGCGUGAAAUGCAUCUCCUGUGAUCGCCAGGUGGAGAUGACGACCAGCCCGCACCUUAUCACCAUCCGUAAGGCCCACCUGCUGUCGCAGCUGCGGCCUGCCAGCGCCAACAGCUAUGAGUACCUGCAGCGGCAACAGAUGAGGGACGAGCAGUACCUGCAGCAACUACGGGGCCUGGGCGGCCCCGAGGGGAGCCUGGACGCCCUGGGCUCCCAGCAGGAGUGGGGCGACGGCCCUCGGAACAGCGGCGACCUUCGGCUCAAGUCCUAUGGCCUGUCAACACUCUACCCCUACGGGGAUCCCCAGCUACUUGACUACGACACUGCAGAGGUGGACAUUCUGGGAGUGGACGGGAUUUUGUACAAGGGUCGCAUGAGCAAUGUGAAGGAGGUGCAGCCCGCCAUCCCCGCGGACAAGGAGCUCCCAGCCGUGAAGGUGCCACGGCCCCCAUCGCGAAGCCUUUACGAUCACGUGCGUGCCAACUCCUUGCUGGGGUCUCUUGUGCCCCCAGCCCCGUGCCCCAGCAUGAACACCAGCAUAGCUGCCUCGGGCCCCCACCCGACAGUGCCGUCGUCACGGACACCGUCUCUGCCGCCCCUGCCAGUGCUGCCACCGCUGAUCCCGACACCGCGGGACCCCCAGCAGGCUCAGGGGGCCACCAGGCACACGAGACCCCUGCGCCUUGAGUCCCGAGCCAGCGCCCAGUCCAAGGAGGAGCCCACCAACCCGUGA